UAGUGAUGUCACAGCGACACGUAAGUCCCAGUAGGUUUGGUCCCAUCAGCGCACCGCCGUUUAUAAAACCGGUGACGACAGCACGUUCACAUGGUGUGAAGCGGCUCUGCGAUCGACAGCAUCUCUCAGCAGGUUCUGAAACACAUCAACCUAAGAACGGCAUGGGGGGAGCAGUGGUGGACGAUGGACCUACUGGCGUGAAGGCACCUGAUGGCGGCUGGGGAUGGGCGGUGCUGGUCGGCUGUUUUGUGAUCACUGGAUUUUCCUACGCGUUCCCCAAGGCUGUCAGUGUUUUCUUCAAGGAGUUAAUAAGAGAGUUUAGUGUCGGCUACAGCGACACUGCCUGGAUAUCAUCCAUAUUGCUCGCCAUGCUCUAUGGCACAGGUCCUCUAUGCAGUGUUUUGGUGAACAGGUUUGGCUGUCGUCCGGUGAUGAUGGUCGGAGGAGUGUUUGCCUCGAUGGGAAUGGUGCUGGCUUCCUUUGCAACCAGCAUCAUACACAUUUACUUUUGCAUUGGUGUUAUUACAGGUCUGGGCCUGGCAUUGAAUUUCCAGCCAUCGCUGAUAAUGCUCAAUCGGUACUUCAACGAGAAGCGACCUUUGGCCAAUGGCCUGGCAGCUGCGGGCAGCCCCGUGGCUCUGUGCUGCCUCUCCCCCCUGGGACAAAUUCUUCAGUACCAGUAUGGCUGGAGAGGUGGUUUCCUCAUACUGGGGGGGAUGUUGCUCAACUGUUGCGCCUGUGGGGCCCUAAUGAGGCCCCUUUUGCCACCAAAGAAACACCAAGACUUUGAAGAUGGUGGUCAUCUUAGAACUAUAGAGGAGAAGAAGCCCAAGCCAAAAAAGAAACUGCUAGACUUCAGUGUGUUUAAGGACAGAGGAUUUGUCAUCUAUACUGUUGCGGCCUCAAUUAUGGUGCUGGGCUUGUUUGUGCCACCAGUGUUCGUGGUCAACUAUGCCAAAGGACUCGGCUACGAGGACACUACUUCGGCCCUGCUGCUCACAAUUUUGGGAUUCGUAGAUAUGUUUGCCCGUCCUCUGUGCGGAGUCAUUGCAGGCCUUAAGUGGGUACGGCCAAGGUGCGUCUACCUCUUCAGUUUUGCUAUGAUCUUCAACGGAGUCACCGAUCUUAUUGGAUCGCAGGCAAACACCUACGGAGGUCUGGUGGUCUUCUGUGUCUUCUUUGGCAUGUCAUAUGGGAUGGUGGGAGCCUUGCAGUUUGAGGUUCUAAUGGCUAUUGUGGGCACAGACAAGUUUUCCAGUGCCAUUGGCCUUGUGCUCCUGAUGGAAGCCAUAGCUGUGUUAGUGGGCCCUCCUGGAGCAGGUCGCCUCUUGGAUGCCACCCAUCAGUACAUGUACGUCUUCUUGUUGGCGGGCUGCGAGGUGUCAUUGUCAGCCAUUGUGAUGGCCCUGGGAAACGUCCUGUGCAUUAAAAGGAAACCGGAAGAUCUGCAGGCUCAACUGGAAAUGGCUGUGACGACUGCAGAGAUGGAGAACCUACACUGUGAGACCAAAGGCCCAGAUGUGGAGGAAGAAGAAACGGGGAAAAACAAUGGCGAAGCUUGCAAUUUGCAUGGAGGGGGGGAUAAUUUGCGGAAUGGUGGGGAAGAGAAUACAGAAGGGUCAUCAUUAUAAAGAUGUAAGAAAAGACACUCAGUAUCUUGAGAACAAACAAAAGUACCAAGUAUGAUCAAGCACUGUCAUAUUGAUUGGUUCAUAUGCAGUAUUGUGUAAAAGGAAAAAAAGCUAGGGAAGUAAAUGGCUUUUACCUAGAUACUAUAAUACUUGGGAAUUAAGAUACUUCAACUCCUGCCACCUCAUGAACAUUUCAUGAGCUCUACCAAGGGCAUUGUUUUAAUUAAAUAAAAUCAUUUUAGCAUCUCAUAGCUUGAAUCAGAAAAAGUUUGCUCAUACGUCACCGUUAAGGUGUGGUUAAGUGGUUGUAUGCAGGCUUUGAGUAACCACCUGUUUGGGCUGGCGUCUGCAGACCACUUUGGGAGUACUUUGCGAAAAAACACUCAGCAGUAAGCCUAAAAAAACAAAUCAAUGGUUAUUCUGUAUCAGUGGGAAAAAUACUUGUGUAAACUGAAAAUUUCUUGAGGGAUUAUGCUAAAAUACAACUAAAGGACCACUCUUGCCAUUCUACAAGUGAACAUGACGAAUUUCAUUUAUUCCAAAGUGCUGAGAUCUACUUUUAUAGCAAUUAAAUUUUUUCCUUUUCAGUCACAAGUACAUUUAAUGUUUGUAGCACUGUUGAUGGUCAAAUUUAAGACAUUCCCCCAGAAAAGCUCUGCAUUGUAGCUCUUUUGUCAAUGCUGCAACAUUGGUUUAGUGAUAUAUUUUUUAAAAUUACUCAAUGCUGCUUUAUGCAAUUGUCUUUAUCAUUUCACCAGUGAAGAAAACUCAUUUUAUUCGUUCUUUAUGAUGCAAGGCUGGUGUGAUGCAAUGUGUCAGAUGUGAGGUCUGCUUUCUAUGAAAUGUCUAACAAUCUAACUUACAUAGCACAUUUAACUAUUUUGGCUAGGGAAAUGUGAUACCACCUGCUUCUUGCACUAUAUUCUAGUGAAAAUAAAUGUAAAUGUGUAUGUUGCAUUGAUCUUGAUUUUUGUCUAUGGUGGAAGUUGACAUUCCUCUACCUUAUUAAAACUAUUUAGACAAUUUAAG